AUGGCGGACUGUGGAAGUAAUAUACAAGAGAACGAUAAAGUUCCUGGGCGUGUCGAUGACAUUUUGUAUCAACCGUGUAUCAAGGAAAUUAUGUGUCAACCAUGUUUAAGUAAGGAUACGAAAACUGUAGCUGGCACGUUUUGUUCAACGUGUAAUGAAUUCCAGUGUAUUGAUUGUUCAGGUGUGCAUAACGUGCUUGACAUCUUUAUAAGUCAUAAAUUGCUAAACGCAAAUGUAGCUCACGCAAUCAGAUGUGAUCAACACCAAAAGGUUUUAGAUUAUUUCUGUGAAGAUGAGAAAAAGCUUUGUUGCAGUACUUGCGCAAUUGUUGACCAUAGUAAAUGUCACAGCGUUGUUGAGGUUGAGAAAGUUGCCGGGAAAAUGACGUCACCAAGUUCUAGUUUAAAAGAGAUAUUGCAGGAAGCCAAAGAAAAUGCAGAAGAUAUUGAAAGACAUAUAAUCACUUCAAAAGAUCAACUUGCUCAAAACGUUCAAGAAAUACAAGCUAAAAUUAGAGAAACGCGAGAGGAAUUUAUGAGAAUAUUUGACAAAUUGGAAGCUUCCAUUGUUGAGAGAGCCAAAUCUCUUCAGAAAGAAACAUUAUGUUACCUUGAAAAGAAGCAAUCACAAAACGAAAAGCAUUUGGCUAAUGUUAAAGCGUAUCUAGAAACGAUUCAUAGCAUUUACCAAAAUGGGAUUCCAACGCAGACAUUUAUAGCAGAACAGAAGAUAAAAAAUGAAGUCCAUGUUUUAUGCAGAAAUUUCAAUGAAGAAUGUCAGAACUUACAGAUGGUGACCAUUUUUUUGGAUCUUGAUGAACAAUUGAAUCUGCCACCGCAAUCAUUUACUGACUAUAUUCCUGGACAGCUCACAUUAAAAUAUAAUGAACGGAAAAAUGUAAAUGCUGAAAAUAAGGUGAUGACAUUAACUGUAGAUUCUUCUAUUGAUUUAAAGAAAGAGUGGGAUGACUUCAAACAACCAUUCUAUUCAGGAAUAGACUUUCUACCCGAUGGUAGACUAGUUGCUGUGGAUUAUAACAAUAAGAAAUUGAUAGUUUACAAUGAGAAGUUUGUAAAACUAGGGUCAUGUCAGUUAUCUUAUUAUCCACUGUCCGUUGUUGCUGUAUCUGAGGAUGAAGUAGCGAUAACAAGUGGCAGCGAAUAUAUAAUAGACUUUAUACGUAUUAGUAAAGCUAAUAAAAUAAGAAGAAAUAGAAAAUGUAUUGUAACAACGAAAUAUGAUUCUAUAUGUUUAAAAGACAAUAGCCAAUUUGUGGUAGGGACUAUUGAUUACCAAAUACCUGUUGAAAUAAUAUCAUCGGCAGGAGAGCCAUAUGUUUCUAAUAUUAACUUUCCGAUCAAGGCAUAUUGUGCAGAUACAAGCGCUUGUACUUACAUAAAGAGCAGUGAUAAAGUGGUGCUUACAGAUAUAUACAAGCAUACUACCUACAUAUAUGAUACCAAGACAAACACGAGAGUCGUGGUGAGAGAUGGCCAGAUUAACGAACCUUGUGGUGUAGCAAUUAGCCCAUCUGACACUAUCCUAGUUUGUAGUAAUGGAACAGACUGUAUUGUAGAAUUAUCACAAACAGGACAGGUCUUAUCAUCGUACCAGCUAGAUAUGGAAUAUCCAUAUAGAGUAUGUGUUUCACAUGAUAAGUCAUUUAUUGUUGUUGCAAAUGCCUGUAGAGGAAACAUGAAAAUACAGAAAUUCAAAAUAUCAUUAUAA